AUGGCGGCUGAAACUUCAAACAUGUUUUCGAGUAAGACAAUUCCGAAAAUUCGCUCAAAAGAUAUCAAUGUAACAGUUGUCGAGGAAUUUUUGAAUCAACCUGACAACAAAGUCAACAUGAUAGUUAGUGACCUGGAUCUACCAUUUUCCAAUUAUACUACUCUUUUAUGCAUGGCCGUGCAGAACAGUGACGAGGAAUUAAUAGACUAUUUGAUUCAUCGAAAAGCAGAUGUAAAUUAUAAUUCACCUUAUGGUAAUCAAAGUCCUUUGUUUACAGCAGUCGUAAAAGGAAACACCAAACUGUUCAAAAAAUUGUAUCACCUGGGUGCUAAUAUUGAUUUAUCAUCUCCUAAAGAUUCGUUAAUGUGA